GGGAUGCACCAUCUACACUGGUAUUCUGGUGGACUACAUGACUGGCCCUUUUGGAGAAAGAAGUUUAUAUCCAAGUGAGUGAAAAAGAAUUCAAGCUUGCAACUGAGUUACAAUCUUUAUACUCUGCUGCAAGUGUUUAGGGAGUUAGCACCAUGGCUAUAAAUAUUGCUGGAGCAGUGUCAAUGGCCGGCUUUUAUCUCCUUAUCCUCACAGUCGGCAUCUGGGCAGCAAAAAGAGCCAAAGAAGUUGAAAGAGCAUAUGAGAGUGAUCGUCCUGAAAUGGUAAUGAUAGCUGGACGAAAAAUUGGAUUCAUUCUUGGCAUUCUAACAACCACAGCAACCUGGGUUGGUGGUGCAUAUAUAAAUGGUACUGCUGAAAUGGUGUAUCGUCCAGAUGCUGGACUGGCAUGGACUGUAUCACCUUGGACCUCUCUCCUUUGUUUGGUUAUUGGUGGGUUGUGUUUUGCCAAGAAAAUGCGAGCUGAGAAGUAUGUAACAAUGUUGGACCCAUUUCAGCUGCGUUAUGGGAAACGGAUCGCAAGCUUGGUGUUUAUUCCAGCUAUAAUCGGUGAAAUAUUCUGGUCUGCUGCCAUCCUUGCAGCUUUAGGUACAACAUCUAGUGUUAUUCUGGACCUUGAUAAGAAGCUAUCAGUGGUCAUUUCUGCUUGUGUAGCAAUGAUUUAUACAUUACUUGGAGGGCUAUAUUCAGUGGCAUAUACUGAUGUUGUUCAAUUAGGAUGCAUUUUCUUUGGCUUGUGGCUGUGUGUGCCGUUCACCGUGCUAAAUCACGCUGUUACUGACAUCAAGAUCACAGCAGUUAAGGAGGUCCAUCAAAAACCUUGGCUUGGAAACAUUGAUGAGAGGUUUAUUGGAAAAUGGAUAGAUGAUCUUUUGCUAAUGGUGUUGGGAGGAAUACCAUGGCAAGCCUAUUUUCAAAGAGUGCUGGCAUCUUCCUCCAUUAAAAAUGCUCAGAAAUUAUCAAUCGCAGGAGCAUUUGGUGGUUGUAUAAUGGGCAUCCCUUCGGUCCUAAUUGGCUCAGUUGCAGCUUCCACAGACUGGAAUCAGACUUCUUAUGGCUCCCAGUCACCUUAUGAGAGAAAUGAAGCUGCCAUGAUUUUACCAAUAGUUCUUCGAUAUCUGUGUCCUCCCUAUAUUUCCAUUUUUGGAAUUGGUGCCAUUGCAGCUGCGGUCAUGUCUUCAACUGACUCUUCUCUUCUUUCAUCAAGUUCCAUGUUCACACAUAAUAUCUACCGAAAGAUUCUCAGGCCAAAGGCAACAGAGAAAGAAAUUCUGUUCGCAAUGAAGACUACAGUCUUUUUAGUGACAGUACUUGCCACUGUCCUUGCUCUUUUUACCAACACUAUUUAUGGUCUUUAUGCAUUAAGUGCUGACUUGGUGUAUGUUAUCCUUUUUCCACAGCUUGUUUGUGUUCUGUAUGUUUCCUGUGUAAAUAGGCUGGGAUUUGUUACUGGAGUCCUGACAGCAGCAUUGCUUAGAAUUGCUGGAGGUGAACCUCUUUUUCAUUUUCCAGCUGCUAUCCACUUUCCUGGAGGUUAUUUCCAGGGCAGCGACUAUAUCCAGAUUUUCCCUUAUAAAACCUUUGCAAUGCUCUCAUCUUUGGUAGUGACUGUAACUUUGUCGUAUAUCAGCAAACUCAAAUGGCCGGACGGGUACAUAACUGUGUUUAAUUUGACAGAAAUAUCACGUGAGGUGACAACCUCUUCUUAAUCACAUGGACUGACUGGAAUCACAACAUAGGAAACAAUAUAUAACCCAAUCACAUUGGUAGGAAGGAGGUGGGAUUUAGUUUUCUCAUCAAGAGUGAUCACUAAAGUUCCUUCAGUGCCUGCCACUUAUAAGAUUGUUUCUGGAUGAAAAUAGUAAUAAGCAACAAAAUCAAUGCUUUGCGACCUUUCUAAUGACACUGCAUAAGUUUUGAGCAAUUUAUCUAGUGAAGCUUUGUGUCUCCAAUGAAAAGCCAUUCAGGUAUCUCAUACUAAAUAAAAAUCAAAAGAACUGCGGAUGCUGUAA